CUCUCUCUCUCUCUCUCUGUUUCUCUCUCUGGUUGGUGGUUGGAGCUCCCGCCUCCUGUCCUUUUCUCUCCUCCCUCUCUUUAUCUCUCCCUCCUUCUCUCUGUCCCUCUCACAAACUCUCUUAGUGCUUUUCUCCUUAUAUGGUCGUAGCCCGCCCCCCACCAUGAUGUCACAGGCUCUAAGGAAGACCCGUGGGGUUUUUGGGUUUUGGCGUCCAGUCCUGUGGGGCCGCAGGGCUGAGAGUUUCUCCUUCGCUCCUCAUCCCUCCAUCAUCAUCUCUUCGUCUCUUUGGGGAAAAGAAAAAAGACACUUUGCUUGCGCUCGAUUUGCUGUUCGGACCCAGCUCUGUUUUCUCAUCCUCUGAGGAUUUUACUACUUUUUUUCUUCCUAUUGCAUCUGUCCUUCAUGCUUGCUUCCAACAUGAUGUCCACUAAAAACCUUUAAAACUUUUCCAAGUACAAACGUAGACAGUGGAGAAGUUGAAUUAAAACUUAAAAAGAGACAAAAAGUUGUGCAGAAGAAUAAAAGUCCUGCUGACCUCCUUGCACACGUCUUCUUCCUCGUUGCCCUCCACAUAUUUCCUUCUUGUCUAACAUCAAGGUUUGGAGCCUCCGUCCAUGUUCUGCCGUUACAGUUUUUGCAAGACUUUGCUGUAGACUUUUUCUUCUACUUCUUGUUUUAUUUUGUGCUUGUGCAGCAGCAACGACAAAGGUCUAAGCAUCAGGCCCAGUGAUGUUUGGGAUCCAGGACAACCUGCCCCGCGGGGCCACAACCAGCAUGAAGGAGGAGCCGCUGGCUGUUCGCUCCUGGAUGCACUCAGCCGGCGUGGUGGACGCCAACACAGCCGCUCAGAGUGGGGUGGGGCUGGCUCGGGCUCAUUUUGAGAAGCAGCCUCCGUCCAAUCUGAGAAAGUCCAACUUCUUCCACUUUGUGUUGGCGUUGUACGACCGACAAGGUCAGCCAGUGGAGAUCGAACGCACCGCCUACGUCGACUUCGUAGAGAAGGAGAAGGAACCGACAGGAGAGAAAACCAACAAUGGGAUCCAUUACAAACUGCAGCUGCUCUACAGUAACGGGGUCCGAACCGAGCAGGACUUGUACGUCCGACUGAUCGACUCCAUGACCAAACAGGCCAUCAUCUAUGAAGGUCAGGACAAGAACCCGGAGAUGUGUCGAGUUCUGCUGACGCAUGAGAUCAUGUGCAGUCGCUGCUGUGAUAAGAAAAGCUGUGGAAACCGGAACGAGACGCCGUCGGACCCCGUCAUCAUCGACAGGUUCUUCCUGAAGUUCUUUCUGAAGUGUAACCAGAACUGUUUGAAAAAUGCAGGAAAUCCACGAGACAUGAGAAGGUUCCAGGUGGUGGUGUCGACAACUGUGAAUGUAGACGGUCACGUCCUCGCAGUGUCGGACAACAUGUUUGUUCACAAUAACUCCAAACACGGACGUCGAGCCCGGAGACUUGACCCGUCUGAAGCCACUCCCUGUAUUAAAGCCAUCAGUCCCAGUGAGGGCUGGACGACCGGCGGCGCCACCGUCAUUCUGAUUGGAGACAACUUCUUCGACGGCCUGCAGGUGGUGUUUGGCACCAUGCUGGUGUGGAGCGAGCUCAUCACGCCUCACGCCAUCCGGGUCCAGACACCUCCUCGUCACAUCCCCGGCGUGGUUGAGGUCACGCUGUCUUACAAAUCCAAACAGUUCUGUAAAGGAGCACCCGGACGCUUCGUCUACACAGCACUGAACGAACCCACCAUAGACUAUGGCUUCCAGAGGCUGCAGAAGGUGAUUCCUCGUCACCCCGGCGACCCAGAGAGGCUGCCCAAGGAGGUGCUGUUGAAGAGAGCAGCUGACCUGGUCGAGGCACUCUACGGAAUGCCUCAUAACAACCAGGAGAUCAUCCUGAAGCGAGCAGCAGAUAUUGCUGAAGCUCUCUACAGCGUUCCCAGGAACCAUAACCAGAUCCCAUCCCUAGGCAACACUACCUCCCAUGGCAUGAUGGGAGUCAACUCCUUUAGCGGACAGCUGGCUGUCAAUGUCUCAGAGACAACGCAAGUGGGGUACAGUCGCAACACAAGUAGCGUGUCACCACGAGGCUAUGUCCCAAGCUCCACCCCCCAGCAGAGUAACUAUGGCAACACCGUCAGCAACAGCAUGAAUGGCUAUGGAAACACGGGUAUGCCAAACCUCGGGGUGGCAACAUCGCCUGGCUUCCUCAAUGGAUCUUCUGCCAACUCUCCCUACGGCAGUAAGUAUCAAGUUGUUCCUUCCAGUCCAACCAUGGCCGUGUCCAACUGUAACUCCUCUCAUGGAGUUUUCUCCUUCUCUGCCGCUGUCAAACAGAAGAGCGCCUUCGCUCCAGUCGUCCGACCUCCGGCUUCACCUCCACCCCCUCCAAACUGCUCGGCCAACACCACCAAUGGUCUUCAAGCCAUGUCCGGCCUCGUUGUACCUCCCAUGUAGAAACUUCCUCCUCAGUUGCUCUCAGGAGUCGAAGUCACAAACC